AUGCCCAAAUUAAGGAAGACACGAGGAGGAAUUGAUACCGGAGCAGGUCUGGACGGUGCUCACUCAGAUUCGGAAACAUCUACACCAGCUGCUCCCCGACUACCCCUAGCAGCAGCACCGCGUCCGCCAUCAAUGCCUGCUCCUCCUGUCCCGGGUUUCCGACCUCCUCUACCGCAGUCAACGGACUCAGCACCGGCAAUUCCAAGUCCAUUGGCACAUCUCAAAAAGCCACCUCCAAAACCACUAUCCAAACCUUCGUCUGUGGCCAAUCUGGUGGCCGGAAAGCCACCUCCUCCUCCGCCAUCAUCGCGGAAAGUCAGCACCGCUGCUCCCCCUCCCGCUCCCCCUUCACCUCCACCACCUUCAUCCUCGGGUUUCGUCCCUCUUGCACCACCUCCUCCGCCGCCUUCGGUAAGCCCUGCUCCUCCAGCGCCGCCACCGCCGCCACCGGUAGCAAGCCCUGCUCCUGCGGCACCACCCCCUCCGCCACCACCACCACCGCCAGCGGUCAGCUCAGCUCCUCCUCCUCCUCCUCCUCCUCCGCCAUUCUCAAGCUCAGCACCUUCAUUAGCACCUCCACCGCCUCCCCUACCGCCUUCUACUUCUCCAGGACCACCAUCUAGGUCAACACCGCCUCCACCGCCAGGCCCGCCUCCACCACCAAGUCUGCCACCAGCAACAAAUGGCGCAGGCCCCGCCCUCGCCCUCGUCGCCUGUUUCACCGCCUGCUUCUCGACGAGUUUCACAAAUGCCAUCUCGAUCUACACUAGACGCAAGCUCGUACACUCUGACCAAUGGGAGUUUAUUUGGUGCAUCAAGCGGAUCGAGUCAGAUUAG